AUGAACUUCGUUUCUGGAUUUUUCAGUGGCUUCGCCCUUACUACCUCCGUUCUCUACAUCACCAUCACAGUCCACCGCGCAACACGGCUCGAACAGCGCCGACAAAUCCGUGAACAGGUUGAUCAAAUAAACUGGCUCGCCGCUUCUGCUGGUGCAUACGACCGACGCUUCUUCCCAGAACAUAAGCCUCGAAGCCUCGAAGAAAGGAAAAGCCAGAAGGAAGACCAGAUCACCCUUAAGGAUGUUUUGAAGCACAGAUGGAACCAGGAGGUUGGGAACUUUGCUCGCAAUGCACAUGGGAAUCGCUGGGAGAGUGUGAAGGAGACGGCGUGUCAUGGGUGGAACGAUAUAAUGCGAUGGGUGAAGAAGGAUUGA